UAGUGUGUGUGUGUUUAUGUGUGUUUGUGUUAGUGUGUGUGUGUGUGUUUAUGUGUGUUUGUGUUAGUGUGUGUGUGUGUUUAUGUGUGUGUGUGUUAGUGUGUGUGUGUGGAGCACAGAGACAAACCCUGCCAGCUGAAUGCCAAACACAGAGCAGUCACGCUGAGGGAAUAAUGAAUCAGUGACAUUAGCGAAUAAUUAACAGAGACUCAUCGCAGCUGAACGGCUGAUUAAACGUCACUUACUGAGUCUAAUUGGUGAAUUAAUGAAAGAGUGUCGAGUGAAGCGGUGGAAUUAGUUUCUGUACAGGUGACACGCUAUCACAGACUCUGAUGGGGCAGAUAUUAAACUGACUCGGGCUGAUUUCAGAUCAGCAGCUGCAGUCAUGUGACCACCUUGACCACCUCGCAGAACGACGGAGCGGCCAUCUGCCGUGUUGGACCAACACCAGCAGGAGAAUCGGAGUUCUGCUUGCUGAGGAGAAAAAUGUGUAAACUGUGUGAAUUAUUCACCACAGAGGUUUUUUUCUGAUCCGAUUUAUUUUUUAUUGACGUCACUUUGAUAUUUUCAUCCUGUGUGAUAUUACCUGUGGUUAUGAAAGUCUGGACAAACAACGUCAGACCUGCUGCCUGCCUGUCUGCCUGUCUCCUGCUCAGUUUCAGCAUCUCUUUCUACCAAACACACAAAAAGAGAGGACACAGUGGACACACAGAACAUCUGUCUCUCUCUCUAUAUAUACAGCUCUGGAAGAAAUUAAGAGACCACUCACUCCAUAUUGGUCUUAAAUCAGUAUCUCUACAUGUAUGGCAGCCAUUCCAUUCAGUGGCUGUUAAAUUCCAACACAGGCACAUCUCAUUCUAUGACCUGAGCCAAAUCUCAUUUAACGAGGAAAAGUAUAAUAACCACUGCUGUGGUCAUCACUAUCCUCUUGCAAUAAGACCAGCGGGAUGGCAAAAACAGUGCUAGUAGCAACUCAAAGGUCAUCUGAACAGAAAAAGGAACACUUGACCAUGACAAAAGAGUGAGGAAAAGAAGGAUUCAAUUCUGGCUUUACUGGCAGAAGGAUACAGUGAGUGUCAGGUUGUUUCCAUCCCUAAAAUUUCAAAGAUGUCUGUUCAUAAGAUCAAGCAACAGACAUUGGGGGACAACAAAGCUACAGACUGACAGAGGCUGAAAACGAUUGUCCACUGACCGCCAACUCAUUCGAAUUUGUCUCUCAAUGAGUGUCACUGAAUGAAGCAUGGAAGUUAUCCUGGAAGAAAACCUGAUUCCCUCUGCUCAGACAGUGUUUUGAAAGCAAGACAACGCUCCUGGCCACACAGCCAGGUCAAUGUGUGUGGAAGGAGGACAACCAGAUCAAGACCUUGUCAUGGUCAGCCCAAUCUCAAGACCUGAACCCCACUGAAAACCUCUGGAAUUUGAUCAAGAGGAAGAUGGAGGGUCACAAGCCAUCCAUCAAAGUUGAGCUGCUUGAAUUUUUGCGCCAGGAGUGGCCCAAUGUCACCCAACAGCAAUGUGAAGGACUGGAGGAGAGCACGCCAAAACGCAUGAAAGCUGUGGUGUGUGCGUGCCUGUUGCUGAACGGACAAGUCUCUCCGGCAGAGUUAACCUGCGAGGCGCUGAUCCUGCUGUCCACCAACCUGACAGCGAGGACGUUGGCAUUACUCAACCAGACGUUCACCAUCAGCAACACCUCAGGUUUAUACUGUGAUCUGUCUGUGGACGGUAUAGGAACCUGUUGGCCUCGCAGUGCAGCAGGAGAACUGAUCUCCAGACCCUGUCCUGAACAGUUUAAUGGCAUCCAUUACAAUACCACCAACCGGGUUUACAGAGAGUGCCAGUCUAACGGCAGCUGGGCUCCUCGAGGAAACUACAGUCAGUGCACCGAGAUCAUCGUCCUGAGGAAGAGUAAAGUGCAUUACCAGGUUGCUGUGAUCAUCAACUACCUGGGUCACUGUAUCUCUCUGGGAGCUCUGCUGCUCGCCUUCAUACUCUUCAUGAGACUAAGGAGUAUUCGCUGUCUGAGGAACAUCAUCCACUGGAAUCUGAUUUCAGCAUUCAUCUUGAGGAACGCCACCUGGUUCAUCGUCCAGUUAACGAUGACCUCUGCUGUUACCGAGAGCAACCAGGUGUGGUGCAGGUUGGUGACAGCAGGUUAUAAUUAUUUCCAUGUGACAAACUUCUUCUGGAUGUUUGGUGAAGGCUGCUACCUCCACACGGCCGUCGUUCUCACCUACUCUACCGACAAACUCAGGAAGUGGAUGUUCAUCUGCAUCGGCUGGGGUAUUCCAUUUCCUAUCAUAGUGGCCUGGGCUUUUGGGAAGCUUUACUACGACAAUGAGAAGUGCUGGUUUGGGAAGAGGGCAGGCGUUUAUACAGACUACAUCUACCAAGGCCCCAUGAUCCUGGUCCUGUUGAUUAACUUUGUCUUCCUGUUUAACAUCGUUCGGAUUUUGAUGACCAAACUGAGGGCGUCGACCACCUCAGAGACCAUCCAGUACAGGAAGGCGGUGAAGGCGACGCUGGUGCUGCUGCCUCUGCUAGGAAUCACUUACAUGCUGUUCUUUGUGAACCCUGGAGGAGAAGACGAGGUCGCUCAGAUCGUCUUCAUCUACUUUAACUCCAUACUGGAGUCCUUCCAGGGUUUCUUCGUUUCAGUUUUCUACUGUUUUCUCAACAGCGAGGUGCGCUCUGCGGUCAGGAAGCGCUGGAUUCGCUGGCAGGACCGUCACUCCUUCCGGAGCCGGGCGGUGCGAGCCACAUCGCUGCCCACCUCACCGAGCAGAGUCUCCUUCCACAGCAUCAAACAGUCCUCCAACCUCUGACCCCUGACAGACCUGAACCAGUCAGUCAAUCAGAGGCUUUAUUCUGUGUUGGGACCUGGUUCAACCAGCAGGUCAGAGGAAGAUCCACUUCCUCCCUCUGUACGAAUGAAGCCAGAAGUGGCAUAGAGGUCCCGCCCACACAGCUGGCCGACCCAAUCACGAGCAGAACUCAGCUGUCAAUCAUGAUGUGAAACCCCCUUUAAAAGCAUCAGAUAAAUAAAACCAAACUCGUCAGUGAACUCAUCCAAUAACACGGAGGGGGCGGGGUUUAUGACCCGGCCACCAGGGAGCACUCCAUCUUUAUGUACAGGACUGGCCCCGCCCCUCUUCAUGUGCUGACCAAUCACUGGACUUGACCAAGCAGCUGCUUCAGACACAGCGGGCAGCUGGACUGUGUUCCCCUUCUCUAAUGAAGUUUAUUUAUUUGUUUAUGGAUCCGUGUGUUGUUGAUGAGCUAGAAUUGUCCUGUCACAUUGAUCACCAGCUUUCUCCUGUUUUGCACACACUAAGUAGAUCUCAGAUCAGAACAUUUCAGGACCGGCUGCUCAGAGACUUUAUGGCUGCAAACGUUCCUGAAUACAAACCAGAACACGUCAUCGGCUGAACUCUAUACCGACAUGAGAAGCUAACAGGACUCCAGAGGCGUGAAGCUCCUGUACGCAACACGAACACACAUCAGUACAGAACCAACACCAACUGGACAUGAGGGGGCGCUACAGCAAGCUGUCAGCGCUGUAGUGAUAAUACUCAGAUCAGGACGCUGGUAUACGGCUCAGAAUAUUCCCCCUCCUCUGGAAACAUCUGGAGUAAUAAUCGGUAUAUUCGCAGUGACCAGUGAGCUUCGACAGACUGCAGGACUGAUAUGUUUUUGUACUUUAAUAUUUGCACUGGAUGUGUACCUACAAGAAUACUUCGGAAAUAUAUUUAUCUUUAUUGUAAAUGUUGUUGCACUCUGCAGAGUUUAUCUUUUAAUGAAAGGUCGGGCCCGUAGAGGCAGAGAGCAGUCGUGCUCACAGUUACCACAGUAGUGUAGUUAGUACUUGUAGGUAUCGAGGGAAACACUCAGGAUGAAACACAAACUGCUCCUCUUCCUCCCUGAACUUAUCCUCAUCAGCUGGAUAAAUAUCUUAUAUUGAAUUUAUAAUAAUCUCAGAUUCUGAUCGUAUUUAUAAUCUGAGACGUUUCAGUGACACGAGGAGCGCUUGGUUUGUGCACCACAGUAAUGUUUAUCUGAAUAUUGUACCUGUAGCUGGACCUUCUGUAUCUACUGAUGUCUAAUAAAUUAAUAAAUCAUUAAUGGCA